UAGUUGCUGCGUGUCGCUAGGGGACUAUCUCUGUACGAGACCCAGACCAGACGCCCCAAGGGAUGGUCGAAGCGGGCUGGCUGGAAUAAGGAGCAGGCGCAGGUCUCUCGUUGCCAGGCUCUCAGGGAGAACACACCACCUCUCACCAUAGCCUGCCUGGGGCCUCGUACCCCCCGCCCAGCGGCGCGUCGGGCAGGGCAGUGCGACCCACAGCCGCCCUGAAAGAAGGGAGCUCACCUGCCAAGCCGGGGAUGAAAAGCGACGAUCGCUAGUUACAGCUUCCGCCUUUUCAAAUCCGUCGCUCCCCUAUGGCGUCACAAGCAGGUAGAAAAGGAGGCCACAAAGGCCGAGCAAGACAGUACACAAGCCCUGAAGAGAUUGAUGCACAGCUCCAAGCAGAAAAACAAAAGGCCAGGGAAGAGGAGGAGCAAGAAGAAGGGGGAGAAGGGGCAAUAGGAGACCCCAAAAAAGAGAAGAAAUCCUUAGAUUCAGACGAGAGUGAUGAAGAUGACGAGGACUAUCAGCAAAAGCGCAAAGGCGUGGAAGGGUUGAUAGACAUAGAGAAUCCCAAUCGAGUUGUUCAAGCAGCCAAAAAAGUAACUCAGCUGGAUCUGGAUGGACCCAAGGAGCUGUCGCGGAGAGAGCGAGAAGAAAUAGAGAAGCAGAAAGCAAAAGAAAGAUACAUGAAAAUGCACCUAGCUGGUAAAACAGAACAGGCAAAGGCAGAUCUCGCUCGACUAGCCAUCAUCCGGAAACAGAGGGAAGAAGCUGCCAAAAAGAAAGAGGAGGAAAGAAAAGCAAAAGAUGACGCGUCUGUGGCAGGCAAAAGACUGCAAUCACUAUCCCUUAACAAAUAAACACAGGACAUGCAGGAGGAAGAAUUCCAGGGAACUCUGCCUGGUGCCUGCCAGGAACUCUGCCAUGUUGCAUACCACAUAGGGUGUACUGCAACAUCGAAGUCAAAUUCACCUCCAAGAGACACUGACAGUGUGUUCGUCUUCAUCUUGGCACAGAAUUCCAUUUUGGGUUGGGGGGGCAGCUGCUACCUUCGGGGCAGAACCGUGCUGAACAGCACUUCUCUGUGUAACAGUUUGGAAACCUGAAUGUUUUUGCGGUUUUUAGGACUAAGAACACAUUAGGGGCACGGUGGGGGGGGCAAAUGCUUCAUAUAUUAGAUCGCAAAACCUAGAUUUUCUGCCAGCUUGGGAGUGGGGCAUGGGGUCGGUAAUCUUGAUGAAAACCCAAAGGUUGGGGGUGUGGAUCGUAAGGACCCACUUCUGCAAACAGCCCGUGAAAUUGAGCUGCAGAGUGUUGUAAGAAUAGUCUGGAAGCCUAACUUCAUGGCUGUUUUUCUGGAGUGCUGUUCAUUCCCAUUUUCACCCUCCACCCACCCCCACCUUUUCCUUCCUUUUUUCUCUCCUCUGACUAAGGAUAGUGUCAGUUUUUAACCACAUCAUCCUUUGUUUAAAGCAAAGCCUUCAUUGAUUGUACCAACACCCAGGUAAAAAGGAAAUUUCAAUAAAUUAAAAACAAACCAACCCAAACUUGUAUAUUUGGCCGAUUAAAAUUUAAAUUAUCGUAAA